AGAAACACGUAUUGUCAAGUUCCUUAAUCCAGUGAUAGACUACGUUACAGUAACACGUAUGUAUAUAGCCUCGGACUGACCUGGGUCUGCAGAUGCCAUCAUGGAUGUUCUUCUGACUGCAGUCCUGGCCUGUUUUCUCCACGUGUCAGUCGGGAACCUCCCUCCAUCCAUCGACUGCCCGCAGUCGUUUACUAAGUUGGUGAAGCCGGGUCAAGGGUCAGCCACUGUCACCUGGGAAGUACCGAUCGCCAGCGACCCCGAACAGGGGAAAGUCAUUCCGACGUUGAACAAGUUCUCGCCGAGCCCUGGUUCCAUGCUGACUGUAGGUACCCACAUCGUCAAGUACACUGCGGCCGACAAGGAGGGCAGGAGUGACCACUGUACAUUCACCAUCACAGUGGAAGGUGCGCAGUGCCUGAGUAUUGGUGACAUCCGGCACGGCCGGACCACGUGCAACCAGGGAGCGCGGUACGGGGAGAAGUGCAGCGUGGUGUGCGACUCCGGCUACGAGGUGCUAGCGGACAACUCCUUUACGUGUUUGAGGGAUGGCAGAUACGACAAGCCGGCGCCUGUCUGUGAAGAGAUUGGUUUCUACACCCUGCUGUGCCGGAACAUCACGUCAUCGAGGGCAUCAACCUUUCUCAAAUCAGCAGAGAAGAACUUCCAACUUGUUUUCGAACAGUUACAAUCGCGAGGGUACAUUCCCAUAUAUAAGUCCAUGGAGUUCGCAAAGAAAAUGUGCCAGAACGCAGACAACUCCAACCACGGGGUGUGUGUCUACUUGCGGCGCUUGGCGCUAUUUGAGAAACUGAAGGAAGACAUAAAGACACUUCCGGUGACCAACUCUCGUAGAGGUGACGAUGACGACGUCGACAACUUGAUCCAGUACACGUACCGUCGUCUUAUGACGCUACAUCCUGAGAUUCAUCGGUUCUGUGACGACACCAACUUUAUCAACGGCCUCUACGACGAUUUUCCAAAUGUUCAGAGAAUUCAUGAUAAAAACAAAUAUCAACGCAUACUUGGGCAGAUAUUCUCAGAAAAUCUGACGUUUGAUGUUCUGCAGUCAGAGGCUUAUACGUUAUGUAGCCCGGAUCAUGAGGGGCCCGACUGUCUAUUGAGAGACGUUUUACAAUUAAUAGAACGUGCCAAGAGGUUUAUUGCACAUCAAGAAAAGAUAGGGAGAUGGGAUGAUGAAGACGUUAAUCAUUAUUUCAAUGCUCUGACAUUUAGUUCAAUCCUUCUCAAGUGGAAAUACCAUGGUCGAGUCAAUGCCAUACAACCUCACAACACAACAGUUCAACAAGCAGUCAUCACACAGAUCAUCAGAGCAGUGGCAAUGUACAUUGAUGAUGGCGCAGACGAGAAGUUGGAGAUUCUGAUGUCGAUGUUUCCAUACUUCAACACAGACAAGAUAUGUAACAGUGGGAAGAUGUGCUUGUUCUGGAGAGUAGUUGACCAAACCAGAGUCUACAUCAAGUCUCGCCAACCGGCGACAGGUAAAGGUGUCAAAGUGCUUUUGUUGAACACCGACCUUGACCUUCGAGAGUUCCUCAGACAGAAACAGAUGGAGAGGGUUCUUCAGUUCCUAGGCGACCAGGAGUAUAACCUGGUGGCAGUUGCAGACGACUUAAAGAAUGAAUUUAGCAAGGUCAUCAACCAGCGAUUUUAUGAGCUCAAAACAUACUUUAAAAAGAUUCACAGUUUUAGUGCUGCAAAAGCUAAAGCCGAUUUGAUAGUUUUCCAUCAGUUAAAUAACCUGACACAAUCAGCAAGAACUCUAGCACCUGAGAUAGACUCAGACAUUUCGAUAGUAAUUGGUUUCAUGAUGACAUCUGCUGCCUUAGAAGUGACUGAGAAAACUAUUAAGUUCGCCGUAGUUAUGGCUGAAAGUUGCAAUCCCUUGAAGGCAGCGACCGAUUCUUCUGUGUCUGAUGUCAUGGAUGCGACGGCUGAGUUGGCGAACGCCGUAGCAACGCUAGGAUCAGCUACAAGGCUAGUUAUCGCCAUACAUGCCCUUAGGGGGCACAUCAAUCGCGUCAGAAAUGGGUUUGCGAAAAAUAAAGAAUUUAUUGGCGAUAUGAAAACUAUAAUGGAAUCAAUAACUCAAGACAAAAAGCCGGACGACUUUGAGGCUGCUAAGGACAGAUUUUUGAAAAAGUAUAAUGAUUACGUACCUGCAGUUACUAAACCAGAUGUUACUGAAAUGGCUGUUUACUUUAAUAAGGUUCUUGAAGAAGCAUGUAAGAUCAUCGAGGGUUCCUCUACCUCUCUGGCUGCAGCACCCAAAGCAUUCAUAGGUUCAAAUGGCCUAUGCUGGACAACCGCAGUGAAAAUUGAAAAGUUAGUAUCUACGCUUGAAUCUAUCUAUGACAAACAGUAUGAGCUGGUUGAAGUGUUAGCUCAAAACGUCCAGUCUCAAGUGGCCAUGAAGGCUGCUGAUGGCAUAGUGGCUGAUUACGACGCCAUAGCGGGAAGUAAUGGGCAAGAUGAAGAUGUUUUGGAGAGUCUCCGCCAGGUGUCGGGGAUGUCGUACGUGUGCUACAGAAUCAUGGUCCUUCAAGUGAUAAGGAUGUAUUGUGACGAGCUGCAGUACAAGGCAGGGGGUGUUAGGCCCCAUGUAUGUAAAGAUGCGGGAACGGACAUUUCAACUCUGUUGGCAUACAAAGAACCACCUUGCUCUUCAAGAGGUCUCGAGUUCCAGACCGUUUCCGGAAGGAAAACAAGGCGCGGAGACACUGCAUUCAUGAGUAUUUCCAAAUUGUAUUCAGGCCAAGAGAUUAGCUUCAGAAUUCCUAACAGCAGGUGGUUGUAUAAAGCUGGGUGGAUUACCAAAGCUGAUCUGACAGCCGUGAUCUAUGUUUCUGGUUUCGAAGUAUACUUGCCAUCUGAGGUCCGCUACCGUCGGGACAUCCGGGUCCAUGUUGAGGUCGAUGGUGAGAACGAGUUAGUCCCGGGGGGCACAAGGUAUACCAUCAACCCAUCGCGACCCAUGGUGUUUGAGUACAAGGUCGGACAUGGAGUGAACUGCCGACAGCACCGGGGCUAUGACAACCCCUACACAACCUGCCACACCAACAAGAUCCCUGAUGUAUGCCCCAAAACAGAAUACUCCUGUUUUGUGGAUGGAGGAGAUAGGGUCCUGCACCCAUCUAUUUUCUCCCGUUUCAAAAUACGUGUAAACGGGUAUGAGGAUCUCCCUGGUCCGAACUCAACAACGCCAGUACCAGUCAAGGUGGCUGUGCGAACCUGUGUGUUCAUACCGUCAAGGAGUGAUCAGCAGUUUCAGGAUCACUUCCGGUAUCAGGGGCGGAAUCGAUUGCCAAGCACCUGUUGUCCAGAAGAACAGUACUGGUCCGGGCGGCAUAUGGCUUGUCGGAACUGCCCGAAAAACUCAACCGUGGCGCUCCGGGGAUAUUACUGUGAGAAGCAAGCCGAUUAGAAGACGGGUUCAACCCUAUUCUCACGAGAUGGUCCGUGGCAAUGAAAUGGUUAAUGUGUUAGUGAGGUGAAAUUGUGUUUAACCUCGCGCUCAUGAUUAUUACACUUGUCUAGCGACGUGCAUGCAUCUGGGAGUGUGUGGGGUGAUUGUACUUGUCCAGAUUAACGCCGGGUUGGAGCUACUGAGUUACUAUGCCGCAAUUUAACAUGGAUGCCCCACUCACACAUAUUAUACUCCGAGGCGAGAAGUUCUAGUUAUAUCCCCUAAACAAAAGCGCCAGAGAGGGUAACGUCUUUUGGUAUGACGCUGCCAGGGCAUCGAACCACCGAUCUUCCGCUCUCUGGCAGACGCCCUAUCUGCUAGAGUCAGAUGGUCCAUGAAGUGUAUCUCAAGUGGAGCCUCACUGCUUCUGUCCAAUGAUGGUAUCCAUAAAUACACCAAAAAUGUCAACAUCUUGAUCUAAAUGUGUAAUAAAAUAUGAGAAAAUA